AUGGACCCACCUAGCUAUGAAGAUGUGAUGGCUGGUGCUGGAGAUGGGAUGUUUGAACCUCCUUCUCCGUACUCGCCGCCAUGUGUUCCUACCGCCCCUCCACCGGAACUCAGAACACCGCCGCCUUACGUCUCGGAGGAUGUGGCCAGACAAGUGUUAAUGGACUACAGUAAGAAACACAGCUUCUUCAGCUCCAAGGCGGCAACAAACAUGCAGCUACAAAAGACCCAGACCUUCCACACUCACAGGUAUCGCCUGCAGACCUUCACGGAAUCGCGAAAGUGUAAAUGGGUUACUGUCCCUUAUGAUGGCAAACCUAUAGAUGGACCAGGUAACGGACCAGCUCCAAAACCGUGGGAAGUUCCUGUUCAGCUACCAAAUAUGUUUCAGGCUGGGAAGAAAAAAGUGAGAGUCCCCCAUACUUCCAGGCUGGAGGUGUGUGCAUACUGCAAAGGGAUUGGCAGAAAAAAAUGUGCCAAGUGUGGAGGACUCGGAAAGGCAAAAAAGGCGACUGGAAAUGAAAGAUCCAUGUGUGGGUAUUGCAAUGGCUACCGUUCCUUCAUGUGCGAGGACUGCCACGGGCAGGGGCAUGAUUUGAAGUACAUAGAGCUGACUGUAAAAUGGAAAAACCACCCCAUUGAGUUUGUAGCGGACCACAAGUCUGACUUUCCAUCAAAGAGAUUCAAGAAGGUGACUGGGGAGGUUGUCUUCUCCGAUGAGCAGAUGAGUCUGAUUCCGGUCACCGGAUUCCCAGAUCCCUCCAUAAACGAAGCGUCUCAAAAAGCAAUUACUCAGCAUCGCCUACACUCCGAGUCUUCUAAAAUAUUGAGACAGGAACACAGGAUCGAGUGGCUGCCUCUGACCAAGGUGGAAUAUACAUGGAAAAAUAAACAAUAUGAGUUCUUUGUGUAUGGGAAAGAAAAAAAAGUUUAUGCAGAUAAUUAUCCAAUGGGCUGUGCAGUCAUGUGA